AUGGCGGAGAAUAAGGUAAAUCUGUCGAUUAAUGGACAAUCAAAAGUGCCUCCAGGUUUCAGAUUCCAUCCCACCGAAGAAGAACUACUCCAUUACUAUUUGCGUAAAAAAGUUAACUCUCAAAGGAUCGAUCUUGAUGUCAUUCGUGAAGUCGAUCUCAACAAGCUUGAGCCUUGGGAUAUUCAAGAGGAAUGUAGAAUCGGUUCGACACCGCAAAAUGAUUGGUACUUCUUCAGCCACAAGGACAAGAAGUAUCCCACUGGAACCAGGACAAACCGGGCAACAGUUGCCGGAUUCUGGAAAGCUACCGGACGUGACAAGAUAAUUUACAGUUGUGUUCGGAGGAUCGGUCUGAGAAAGACACUCGUGUUCUACAAAGGAAGAGCUCCUCACGGUCAGAAAUCCGAUUGGAUCAUGCAUGAGUAUCGCCUUGACGAUACUCCAGCAACUAAUGGUUCUUCGGAUGUUGUUAGUGAAGAUCCAAUGAGCUAUAACGAAGAAGGUUGGGUGGUAUGUCGAGUGUUCAGGAAGAAGAACUAUCAAAAGAUCGACGAUUGUCCUAAAAUCACUCUAUCUUCUUCACCUCAAGACACGGAGGAAGACAGGAAGACCACUUUUCACAACACUCAAAACGACACCGUUAUAGAUCAUAUUAUUCUCAACAUGGACCGUACUAGUUUUAAUAUUUGCAAGCCCGAAAGCCAAACAUUAACAAUGAUCAGCACUCAACAUCAAGACGAUCUCUUAUUCAUGCAACUCCCACGUCUAGAAGAGAUACCACCCAAGUCCGAGAACCCGAUCAGCCAAACGUUAAUGACUCCAACUCGGCUCGAUAUCUCUCCGGUUCAAGAGAAGGGAACAGGCAUACCGGUUUGCAAUAACUGGGCUAGCCUUGACCGUCUAGUGGCGUGGCAAUUGAACAAUGGUCAUCAUAGAAUGGUUGACACGUGUGAUCGUCCGAGUAUUGAUGAAGAAGAAGAAAAUUGUGAUACAAUGAUGCAGCUAUGGGAACGUGAUAAUUGGAAUCAUGAUGGUAAUGUCGACCUUUGGAGUAGUUUCACUGCGUCUACAUCGUCUCCUUCGUCUCUAGACCCUAUUGUUCAUUUAUCAGUAUGA